CACACACACACACACACACACACACACAAAGCUGUUCAGGCAGGGGUCCUGAGAGAAAGAUUCACGACAGACAGACUCCGCUCGGGCAGGAAGCUUUGUGUGUCUCGCAGGACGUGCCUGGUGUGGCCAAAUCAUGCUGUGUGUGUGGGGGAGAGCCGCGGUGCUGUUCCCAAGAUGAAGGCGGAGAGGCAGCCUUCCUCCAAACAGCCAGCCACUUCUGCACUUUCCCAAAAAGUUUGCCUUCUUGUCUUUCUCGUGGCAGCUGCCAGCUCAGUGAACAUCACCAGCCCGUGGCCCGUGGUCCGAGGGACGCUCGGCGGAUCCGCACUGCUCUCCGUCCGUUACUCGAGCUCCAGCUCUGACCGGCCUGUCAUCAAGUGGCAGCUGAAGCGGUACAAGCCCGUCACCGUGGUGCAGUCCAUCGGCACGGAUGUCAUCGGCAACCUGCGGCCCGAGUACUGGGGCCGCGUGCACCUGUUCGAGAACGGCUCACUCCUGCUCAGGUACCUACGCCUGUCUGACGAGGGCGCCUACGAGGUGGAGAUCUCCAUCACAGAUGACACCUUCACCGGCGAGAAGCUUGUCAACCUCACUGUAGAUGUGCCUGUGUCCAAGCCACUGGUGCAACUGGAGGCAUCCUCCGUGCUGGAGCUCACCGAGCUGGUCACGCUCAACUGCACCCACGACAGCGGCAGCAAGCCCGUCUACGGAUGGCUGAAGGGUGGGAAGCCGCUGAUCAAUGACUCCCGCCUGCUUCUCUCCCAUGAUCAGAAAGUCCUGACCAUCGCUCGCGUCCUGCUGUCAGACGAUGAUGUCUACAGCUGCACGGUGGAGAACCCUAUCAGCAACAUGAAGAGCCUUCCCAUCAGGCUCAACGUUUACAGGCGGAGCUCUCUCUAUAUCAUCCUUUCCACCGGUGGCAUUUUCUUGCUCAUCACCCUGGUGACCGUGUGUGCGUGCUGGAAGCCCUCCAAAACAAACAAGCAACAGCCACUCAGACAGAGCAGGCGAAACACAGCACUGAGCAAUGGAGACCAUGAAGUUGCAGUUGAUAUUGUUCCUGGAAGAAAUUACCAUAAUCGCAAAAACCCAGGUGGUUUGUAUGUGUUGAAAGAAUCGGACUUCCCUGAAGGAGAGGACGACACGCCGUGUAACUAUAUCCACACUCUGGAUCCCCAGCGUCCACCUCACUAUCCCAGCACCUUCUCCCUCCCAGCCAGCUCUCUGGACUCUUACGUCCAUUCUGGAAGAAGAUAUCCAUGCACUACUGUCCGUUCCCUACCUACAAGCCCUCAUUCACCAAGCCCAACCCCACCCUCAUCCUCUCCAUCACACCUACGAAGCUUGACACGCAAGCCCCGCCUCCCAGCCCUUUCACACACAGAAGAACUGCCUGUUGCACAAGACGCCAGCAUUCAUAGUCACAUCUAAACACAGUGCAAGGGGACAGAGAGAGAGAGAGAGAGAGAGAGAGAGAGAGAGAGAGAGAGAGAGAAUGCACGUUCAUCCAAGUAAAUAUGGCAAUGUAAUCAAUAGUCAUGGUAUGAAUAGAAAAUAGAGAUUACUUACAGGAACAGGCAAAAUACCGGAAACACCAGAUGAUGGCGCAAUAGUGCUAAAGAGACUUAAACUGUGUCUUCUCAAUUUUAGUACUUAUGACAAUUUGUUCAAAAAAAUCUAAUUUUUCAACGUGUAAACAGUAAAACUACUUCAAUUAUGACCAGAGAUAUUCCAUCCUCCAUCUCUGAGGAUCAAAACUUUGUGUAAUGAAAGCUGGAAACCACUUUAUCAAAUCCAGCAACAAUCAGUGAUAAUGAGUAAAAAUGGAGGAAGAAGAAGUCCAACAGGAUGUCUAGUCCGAAGUGGCUCUGAAUGUGGAUUAUGUGUUUACACCUGUAUAGUCCACAUAUAUUGUGUGAAUGAUGUACACUCAAGUUCAUGUUUAACAUAUUUAUAACAUAUAAAUAUAACCAAUAUAAUAGUUAUAACCAUAUACCUGUUUGCCAGGAUACCAUUAGAUUACAUGUGAUACCAGGAUGGGGUCUUGUGUAUGUAUAUGUUUGUGUAAAUAUGUUGAAUAUCUGUCCAUAUUACUGUGACCUUUUCAUAUAUUAUUCACAGUAACCAUAUGAGUGCCUUAAAUUUUCAACUAUAUUUGUAAAGAUAGAAUACGAACAAUAAAAAAAAAAAAUUAAUUUAA